GAGGUGGGAUGGGUCCUUAGUUAGGUGGGCUCAUGAAGGGACAGGGGUGAGCUGCUGGGAUUGGGGACGCAUCAGGAUUCAGGUGGAUGGGAUGGGUGAAUAUUUGGGAACAGGUGAAGUGGCUGGUGUUUCUGAGAGAUGAAGGUGGGGCAGAGCCUCAGAGCAUCCCAGAGUUGUUGCAGUGUGGUUUGGAGGAUUGUCUGUUGGAAUAGUGGGAUUGAUGUGGGAGCUGGAGGCUGAGGUUGGAGGUUUGUGUGUGCUUUAUUUCUGGUAAUCCACAGGAGUGUGUGCAGACAGAUUUGUGAUGGUAAGGGUUUUUUCCACAUGCUUCCCCUUGGGGAUAAGAGUAAGCCUGUAGGAUUUAUAGGAGCCUAAAAGCUCUGGAUAUGCACAAAUCCUGUGUUAAAUUUUGAGAUUGCAGCAUGUUUUCAGAUUGCUUUUAUUCACUGCUCAGUCUGGAGAGUGGGUCUGGGGUGUCUGUAGCUGCUCAGCACUGCGGGGGACUUGGAGGGAGGUCAGCUGGGAAGGAUCAGGUGGAUACUGGUGCAAUCUUAGAAAAUGAGAAAUUUAACAGUGUCCUGCAUUUGAUUUUUUUAAAUAUAUCUGAGAAGAAGAUAAACUCCACUUUGUGAUCCCUCAGGGAUGUGAUAAAUCUCCCUCAUGAGCCACAUCCUUGUUGGGUAGGACCCAAAAGCUGCAGCACUGGAGCUGCAGCUCAGGUUUUGUGUUUGAUGAGUCAACCCGAGUCUCUUUCAUGUUCAUCCCACCUGUAGCUGUCCAGGACUCCCUCUGGAGAUCAGCUGCCUGAGGGAGGAUGCUUUAGUGCAAUAGUUGUGGUUGUAUAUCAUGUGUCCAAAGUUGUCAUGUGUCCAAAAAACGUCAUAUUCUGCUUCAGGGCCACGGGAACAUCUAAAGCUUUUGGCUCUUCCUUCAGCAGGAAGGUCAGAACUGGACAAAGCAGAUGGGGUUGAAGCUGGACACCUCUAGAGAGCAGGAAAAUAUGUCUGAACAGGGAGAGACAGCGAAUUCUUGAGAGAAAUCCUGGUCACGUAUUUUGGGAGCAGUGUGUCAUUCUUGGAAUGAAACCUGCUUUUAAUGGUGAGAUAGUUUCUGAAAGAAGCAGGGUUUUUAUAUAAUCUCCCUUCUGAACUCUGAGCUGGUUUACAUUUGCUCCCACAGCCUUUUGAGCAGAUUGUUUUCUAAGUCCAGCCAAUAAAGCAGGAGUUUGUUGGGCAUUUGGGGAAGUGUGGCCUGGUGAGUUGGGUGUAAUCUUCUUAUCCAGAAGAGCUUGUGUAACACGCAGUGAAGUGCAGGAGGUCUGAUUGAGGCUGCCUUGAUAAUCCCUACUCAAUCAGGGGAGAGUUGGCUGCUCCCUGGGAAGUGAGGGAAGAGGGAAUUGUGCUCCAGGUCACUUAGAUACACUGAGGAAUUUUUUAUUCUGAGACUGGGGCUGUUAAUAUGUGUCUUGCACUAGGCAGUUUUAUUCUGAAGUGUUGUUGCAUGUACAGGUGCUUCAAGAAAUGAAAAAAAAAAAAACUUUGUUUUUUUGAGUCCUAAAUUAGAACUUGUCCUGAAAUAAUUCCUUGAAAUACUUCCCAAGGUUCUGCUUUGUGCCAGAUGCUGCCAUGAUGUUAUCACUUUGGACUCUGCAGAGCCUCGAGUUCGUUGUCCAAGUUCAGAGCCAAGGUCAAAGAGCUGCCACGUCCAGCAGAUGUGGCAGAUCUUUGGGCUGCUGCUGGCUGUGCAAACAGAGAGGCUGCAGGAGGAAAGGGCAGCCAGGGUGACACAGUGACAGCCCCGAGCCACCUGUGACACAGAGUGGCACACCUUGAUCAGCUGUGACACUCUGUGCUUGCUCACAGGUGACGUGGCAAAACUGGCUCGCAAGUAGUUAAAAUUCCAAGGGCAGUGCCAUUGGUGGCUGUCACUUGCCAAAACAGCACAGCUCUAAACUGAAAAGGAAAACCCAACACCUCUUUUUUUCUGAGGAAGGAGAGUGGGCUCCUUUCUCCAGUGAAGUCUGGCAUUUAAUUUGGAAGUUCUCCUGGUGGACACCUGAUCUUUCUUUCCCAGACCAAAGGAUGGGCAGCUGGCAGCAUUAGGCACAGCAGCAGGAAGAGAUGAUAUGAAGUGCUGUUAAUCCUCUGACACCGUGCCCUGGAUCCCCAUGGUAUGUCUGAAGGACACAUCUCUGCAUGUUCUGAAUAUGCCAGGUGAAACCCAAGAAUAACUUUCCACGGGAGUUUGUGACCUCUUAAAGAGGAAGAAGUCAAGAGAGGGCAACUUUUAUUCUGUAUUUAGCCCUAGGUUGUCCUCAUGAAUACUCCCGUGGAGAAUGUCCAUGAUCUUCUUUGCCUGUGUGGUGAGGGUGAGGGAUGGGCUUCCCCUCUCGGCCUCCACAGAUUUCCAUCUCAACCAGGACUUUCUGGAGUGCAGGAAGAGGCUGAAGGCGCUCUCCUCCAUCCUGGCUCGCUACCCAAGUCGGGGCACGGCCAAAGGAUGUAACCUGAGCAUCCAUUUCCUUUCUUCUGGGGAUAUUGCCUGCAUGGCAAUCUGUUCUAGCAGCUACUCAACCAUCAUGGCCUUCUGCUUCCUGGAAGAGCUUCGCUGGGAAUUUGCUGCUUCCUACAACACAAGGAGCAUCAAUUCAGCUUCCAGACCAUAUGCUUUUAUUGAAUUUGAUAACACCAUCCAGAAGGUGAAACACCAUUUCAACAGCAGCCGCGGCUCCCGGGCCAAGGCCGGCUGGGAGAGGGUGGAAGAGGAGCUGAAGCUGCAGCCCCCAGUGCAGCUGCAGCUGGAGGCCACCGAGCUGCUGAACGGGCUGAGCAAUGGAGAGCAUGCAGGAGGCCAUGUGGAGGUUGUCCCUACUUACAGAAUGCAGCCUGUGACCCCCCUGGGGAUUCUGUCACUUGUUCUGAACAUCAUGUGUGGAGCUCUGAACCUCAUCCGAGGAGUUCACCUGGCAGAAUAUUCCUUUCAGGAGGACCACGAAGGCAUUGGAAAUGUGAUAGCUUUUUUUAUACCUUUUCUAGCCUGUGUUUUUCAGUGUUACCUGUACCUCUUCUACAGCUCAGCCAGGAAGGUGAAGACAUUUCUGCUCCUUUUCUGUGUCUGCUCAUGCAACAUCUACUUGUAUGGAUUGAGGAACCUCUGGCAAAUCUCCUUCCACAUAGGAGUGGCUUCUCUUUCCUCUUAUCAGAUCCUGACAAGGCAGCUCCUGGAGAAACAGCCUGACUGUGGUGUAUGAGAAAAAAAAAACCCAAAACUUGGGGUUUGCUACUCUGUUUUUACAACUCUUUUUUUUUUUUUUUUUGUAUUCACCUGGCCAAAAAUAGCUCAGAGUGUUUUUUAGUCAUGGUUAUUGCAAGGAGAAGAGUUCCAAGCAAUUUGGGAUAAGUAGGAUCCUGUAAUUGUGUCCAGCACACAGCGAGGGGUGCAGCUGGAUGUCACAUGGUGCAUGGAGGAGCUUGUCAGGUGUCACCACUGAUGGAAGCUCUUGCCAUCAGCAGGCUUUUCCUCCUUGCUGCCACCAUCCAGACAGCAUUUUGCCAUUUGUCUCACUGGCUCUGUGACAGCUUGGCAGGUCAGUCUUGCCCUGAUGCUGCAAAUACUCAAAAUAGUGUAGUAAAACAAAGGUGAAGUGAUGAGCAACAUUUUUGUCUCUAGAUUGUCUUGGUAAAUAUGAGUGAAGGGGUUGUUUGCUGUAAAUAGGUGAGUGCAGUAUCAGUGAGGAAAAUGCUGAGGGUGAGCUUCAGGAUCAUUUUUCUAGGUUUGGAAGGACAGGGAAAGGCUGUGACUCUUUUAUAAACCACAAAAUCUAUAAAUAUCUCCGUGGCUGAACAGCACAUUGCAGUUUAGUGUGUGCUCAUGGGUUAAUUGCAAAUAUGCUUGGGGCAGCAAAAAAUAAUCCAAGUGGGUGUAAGUGAUCUGUCAUCUCUUGUGGCCUUUGUUUCCUUGGCUGAGGUCACUUUUAGGAUAAGGGCAAUUCCAUCUUUCCUUGGCCUGUAUGGAUAAUAAAUCUUCCAAGCCUAUUUAUGACAGGCCACUGACUCCUUCACCUUUUUUUAACAAAAUGAGUAGCUGGUGAGCAGAAAGCCAUUUCCAGGAAUAGAAAGCAAGAGCAGGGUCUCUUUGUUCUGUAAAACACCUGUGGGUAAUGGAUGAAUUCUUACACUCAGAUGAGUUUCUGGGUGUGCACUUUGGAAUAGGGGACUGGAAUUCCCAACCUCUGCUGCACUGUACUGGCUGUUCUGCUCUCUCAUGGAUCCAGGUGCACAGGGGCAUUUGAGGGCAUAGAUGAAUAAUUUAGGCUGGCUGUUAAAAAAAAUGCAUAGCAGUUUGAUGCAGCUGUCCUUGAGGGGUUGUAGAGAUUCAAUCUGAGAUGUAGAGAAGUGUGGGUAUGUUAUUGUGGAAUUAUAGUCCUAAAAUUUCCUUUUUUUUUUUUUUUUCUGGUCAUUCCCAUUUUUUCACCAAAGAUUUCAUUUUCCUCUCACAUAGUCUCUACCUCUGGUUGCAAAGAGAUUAACAUGCAGCAGAGUUGUCUUUUUUUUUUGCAGGAGCACUUGACAAAAUUCCUUUCUUUUAUCUCAGUGAGUUUCCCCGGAAUCUCAGGAUGCAAACACGAGGAUCAGACCAGAAAUUUGUGGUGCUGGACUUUGGAAGCACUUCUGGAUGCAGCUGACUGCAGCAGCAGCAUCCAUGGGCAGCCCAUUACAGCCUGGGCAGUUUUUAGGACAUCAGGAGACUUUUCCCAGGAGGAAGUGUAGGGAUUUCUUUUUCUCUGCACUUACUGUAAGAACAACAUGAUAAAAACCUCCAAACCGUGAGGAAUAGUCUGGUAGGAAUGAUGGAGGAAUAUUUUAGCCAGGUAUUUAAGGACACAGCUGGAGCUGUGUGCCAUAAGGGAAAGGUUUUCUGGUAUAAGGGAGAGAAUUAAAGUUUGUCUGUCAUUAUCCCAGUUUUCUGUCAGAGUGCAAGUGGAGAAAUGAAGCCUCAAUUCAACCACUGUCCCUGAGACACCAAGAUGACCCCACAGAUGUGACAGGUUUUGUGCUGCUCUUAAUUUUCAUACUGUUCACUCCCAGUUUUCCCUGGUAAAUUACUGCUGGAGACUGCAGGGAACUCAGCCACCAGGUUAAAAAAAAAAAUCUGAAAAAAGAAUACCCCCAAAAAUAUGACACUAGAAACUUAACACUUUAAGGAUAAUGGAUCUGGUGACUGGUGGUGUUUUCCAGGAGGAUAAAUUUGAUAUCAACCUUUCUGUGGGCUUUCUGUGGGGAAAGGAUGAAGUGUUUGUACUAGAGACAGACAAAUCUUCAUGAGAAGUACUUUAGGACAGGAGCCAACUCCCUCCUCCUGCCUUUUUAUCCUCACUCUGGUUCAAAAAUCCAACAGAGGUUUUCCUGUUUCUCCUGGCCUGAGGCAUACAGAGCAUUUCCAGAGGGCAUCCUGAGAGCUGAUGGGAAAAGCUGUGACAUUCCUGAUGCUGCCCCAGCAUCCAUCUGCUCUGCCCUGACACAGAUCCAUCCCUGAGCCAGGGCACGGCAGGCACAGCUCUGCAAAGCACUUCUAGGACGGGGUUUCUGGAUAAUUGUGCAAUUAACAGAGUGGAGAAAGGUUAAAUUCAGCUUUUUUAAAAUUGGCUUUCCUAAAAACGUUUUGGUAAAAUCAAACCAAAUCAGUUGGUUUGUUUCUGCCUUUGCCUAAACUUCUGGUUUUUUGCUUUGUGGAUUUUUGGGGAAUGUGGCUGAAUCUUCAGGUGUUUUCUACCCAGUGACAAAGCUCUGUUUUGGUGGUGGUCUUAAUCCCUUUGCAACCUUUUAUUUUCCUGUAAUAGGUGUAAACGUAGAUUAGUCUGUGUGCACUUCAUAGCUUUGGGUUGGGGUUCCAGGGGGAGGCAGAGCACAUUGAAUUUAACCUAUUUUUAGUUUUAAUUUGGUAUUUAUCCCAUGUCCACACAGUAUUUAUACAGUUAAACAUUUUCUCCUGGCAAGACAGAAGACGAAUAGAAUAAUUUACAUUGAUCUCAGUGCUUUAAGAUUUGAUAAAAAAAGAACGACUUGCAAUUAGAGAAGAUAAAAUCUGACUCAUAAUGUGGAAUUUUUUCCUGUUUUGAAUCAAAUCCCCAAAGAGAAAUCCAUCCCUUUUUUCAGCUUUAAAGUGGUUAAUGUGGUUUGAAUUGCAUCUUCUUCAUUCUGUCACUUUGCAAGACAAGUCUUUUGGAAGCUCUUCUCACCCAGCAGCUCAGCACAAGCAAAUUGGCAAAGAAUAAACUUCAAUAAUUUCCAGAUUUGCUUAGUCAGUGCUUAGUCACUUUAUGAAGUUGGUAAUUCUCUGUUUUGUUUUGUUUUUUUCCCUUUUCUCCCAAAGACCUGUUGAGUUUGUAGAAGGUGGGCUGGUACCUUUUUAGACAUUUUUGCACUGUAUUAAUAAUUGAACCUGUGUAAAUGUGUAUAAAAUCAUUUUGCAUGUAUAUGUAUAUAUGUACAUAUAUCUAAUAAAUGGCUUUUUUUUGUAA